AUGUGGUCUCCACUAGCUUCCGCCUCGAUCGUCUUUCUGAUUCUCUAUCUCUUCCUCUUCGCCUUCCUCGUGGCGCUCUUUGCGCUGCGCAAGGUGCCGUGGAAGUCGAGAUGGCUCGUGCUGCUUCUCCACGUGCUUUGCCGCUUGGCAUCCCAGGCGUGCGGUCUGGCGUUCGGCAUCGUCGGCUACAGCAACAUCGACGUGCUCGUCGCUUACUACGUAUUGGGGGCAGAAGGGUACUUUACGCUCGUAGUCUGUUUAAGCCGUUAUCUGAUCGCAUGGCAAAGGCAGCAUUGGAGAGGCUACUCGUGGAUGGAACCAGUCGAUCCAUACGCCCCAAAGCACGGCAAGGCCAAGCUGAGGUUCAAGCAGCUCUUCGAGUGGAAGGAGAGCAAGGACGAGCCCAAGUCGGCCCAUGCUCUGCUUGUCGUCGACUGGCUGCUCAUCGCUGCCAAUGUCAUCAUCAUCGUCGGCGGCUCGCUCAGCGCAGCCGCAUACACAAACAGCGACCUCACCUACACGCAGCGGGAAGACAAGCUCAAGACGUCUAGGGGCAUGAGGGCCGCGGGGCAGGCCGUCUUCCUUGUCAUCAAUGUCCUCUUGCUCGUCUGCAUCGUCGUUAGCAUGCAACAGCACCGACAACAUCGUUUCGACAACGGUGCGCCAAACCGUCAGGAGAACGAGCCGGCCCAGGACCAGAAGCCCCUUCCCGGCCAGUCCGUAGACCAAUCCGAGCGGAGGCCGUGGUACGGCCACAAGACUCUGGCGCUCAUCUACCUCACCUGGCCAUUCCUCGCAGUGCGCGGCAUCUUUGGUGUCGCUCAAGCUGUGGUACCGGACCUGAAUUACUUCAACUCGGAAGUUUACGACGCCAACAACCUCACGCAACAGUUUGUCACAGAAGAGACGUGCAUGGUGACCAUGAUGGAGUUUAUCAGCGCCACCCUGAUUGCUCUGACCUACUUUACCACGCGCUCCGAGCAUCACACUGCUCGCGCCAUCCCCUGA